AUGACCACUGUUCUCAGCAAAGGCCUAAACUGGUCCCAAAGGGAAAAGAUCAUCUUUUACGAGGACAGGAAUUUUGGUGGGCGCUUCUAUGAAUGCGACACCGAUAGCUCCGACUUGAUAUCCUUCUUUAACCGCUGUGGCUCAAUUCGUGUUGAACAUGGAAACUGGAUCAUCUAUGAAUUCCCCAACUUUGGGGGGUACCAGUAUUUUCUGAAAAGAGGGGAGUAUCCUGAUUUUAACAAGUCAAUUUGUUUUGGUGAUUCCAUCCGUUCUUGCAGGAUAAUUCCACAGCAUGGAACAUGCAGAAUAAGAGUUUAUGAGAAAGAAGAUUUUAAAGGUCAAAUGAUGGAGUUCACUGAAGAUUGCCCCCAAGUUUAUGAAAAAUUUAAUCACCACAAUAUCAGUUCCUGCAAUGUGGUUGAAGGGCAUUGGAUCUUUUAUGAUGAACCCAAUUACAAAGGAUGUCAUUACUACCUGCGACCUGGGGAGUACAAAAGAUAUAAUGACUGGGGAGCUGUAAGCAGCAGGGUUGGUUCCUUUAGAAGAGCAUCCGAUUUUAAUUGAUAAAAAAAUAAAAUAUUGUUCAUGUAUCUAAA